AAUUUUUUAUAAAAAGUGUGAUAGAGGGGAGAUAUGCCGGACCUGUAAGGGUUAUAUAGGAUUAAGUAUAUGUGUUGGUAACACUGAUCACGCGUCGCGACACAGGGCUACAAGCCCACGGAGCGGCGCUGCGGCCGAUUGUUAUAUUGUUGAGGUACGUAGUGAUCGGACGUGUCGACGCGAUAUAAUCUCGGUGGUGUAUUAUAGCCAUAAUUGGCAAGAAAGCGUAUAAUAUUAGUUUUAAUUAUUGUUUAAUUAGUUUAAGUGUAAGUAUCGUGUUGAUACAUAUAAACCUUCUAAAGGUAUUUAAUUGUGUUUGUUCUUUUACAUUAAUACAAAGUGUCUUACACGUGACUACAUUUUACUUAUUGUGUGAUAUAAUUGAUAUAGCCUUUGGCCGGGGCCCUACGUUUUCCUACCGCUGACGCCGGCCAUGCUGAUACCGAGUCCAAACAAGCAAAUCAAAUUUCUUCGCUGGAUUUAUAUUUUGCUGUUGUUGUUCGUACCGAUUGAGCACCAUAUGGCAAAUGCGUUUCACAUAAGGGAAUGCGAUGCUCCGUUAGGUAUGGAAUCUGGAGGAAUUCCAAGUAAUGCUAUAAAUGCUUCGUCAUCGUAUGUUCCAAAUGUGGGGCCGGAUUAUGGAAGAUUACGAGUGGAACGUGCUGGUGGAGCUUGGUGUCCAAAACAGCAGAUUGAAUCAGAUGUCCGGGAAUACUUAGAAAUCGAUCUAACAGUAGUUCACACGAUAACUGGUAUCCAAACUCAAGGCAGAUACGAUCAUGGACGCGGACAAGAGUACGCCGAGGAGUACUCGGUAGAAUACUGGAGACCGAGCUUAAACAAAUGGAAAAAGUACAAACGUUGGGAUGGCAAAGAGAUUAUCACCGGAAAUUAUGACACUUCUACUGUGGUCUCGCAUACGCUUAUGCCUCCUGUGUUUGCCAGUAUUAUACGAAUUGUACCGUAUAGUAUGCAUCGAAGAACUGUUUGCCUGAGGGUUGAGCUGAAAGGAUGUCCUUUACAGAGUGGCAUCCUCAGUUACCAAGUGCCAGAAGACGUAUAUUGGAAAGAGGGUAAAGACUUGAGCGACGUUUCGUACGAUGGUAACGUCACCAAUGGUUAUUUAGACAACGGAUUGGGUCGUUUAGUCGAUGGAAUCCUGGGCGGAGAUAAUUUCAAAAUUGAUAUAGGAUAUGGAACAGGAAGUGGAUGGGUAGGAUGGCGAAAUGAUUCGUUUCCCUCUUCCUACGUGGAAAUGGUUUUCGAAUUCGAUGUGGUCAGAAAUUUCAGCGCUGUGCUUUUUUUCGUGAAUAAUGCUUUUCGUAAAGAUGUACAGGUGUUUUCAAAAGCUCGUAUUUUAUUCAGCAUCGGUGGAGUACACUACAAUAGUCAUCCGGUGAUUUAUACCUAUAUGCCAGAUACAAUACUGGAGAAUGCCAGAAAUGUUACGAUUCAUUUGAAUCAUAAUAUCGGAAGAUUCGUAAAAGUCAGAUUAUACUUCGCUAAUAAAUGGAUAAUGCUUAGCGAAGUGAAUUUUGAAUCAGUGGUCGCCACAGGAAACCAUACCCCUGAAAUGAAACCAGAACCUAGUACGGAUGAAAUUUAUGUAGUAGCAGGUGGUGUCGUUGAUCCACCUUGGGAUCCACCUCAAACAAUAUCCGAUGCAGUUUCAGCUCAAAAAGAACGAACAGCCGGUGAUUACGUAGAAAUAGUGAUCGGCCUGUUGACUGCCUUAGUGCUGUUGCUAUUGGGUGUGUUCAUCGUAGUUGUAGUGUUGAACCAUCGCCAAAAAUUGGAGAAUUCUCCUGCUUCCAUUUUGAAAAAUCCGUUCGGUGUGGAUAGCAUGAAGUCGAAAUUUUUAUUGAAGCAGGAUUCUCUUUUGAAUAAAUCACCGACUACCAAUAACAACGUUAUUGUUAAUCCGACUCAUAUUUACGAGGAGAGACAUCAACAAAAAACUGAUUUAGAAACUGUGAUAGAACAAUUGACCGAAGAAAUCAACGAGGUGGAGAAAGGUAUUACAAAUACAUACUACGAUGCUGUUCCAAAACAGCCUGAUUUAUUAUUAUUGGAAAACCAUGACUCAGAUCCGAUCAAAUCACUAGUACGAGAUCGAGACAAUAUCGACUGUUACGAUAAUGAAAAUAUGAACGAAGAAGAAGAAUCAGACGAGGUAGACGAUGACCGAGAACAUCUUCGUAAAAAAGAUAAAUUCUCUCACUCGGCCAUUUAUAAGAGUUUGAGAAAAAUCAGCCCCGAGCCGGAGUCUCUUUCACCUCCUCCUCCGGUUCCUCAAUCGAAUAACGAAAUUAUCAUGCAACAAGACAAAUCGUCGUUAUUUUACGAUACUGCAUCUCGUAAACGAUACCACACAUCACCACAUGAUAAACACAGACUAACCGCUCCGACGGUUUCGUGGAAUAUUGCUCCGGGUACAGGAAUGCCUUAUAAAUGUCGAGAAGGCGAUAUUGUACCACUUCCUAGAUAUUUUUUCAAAGUUUGUAGCAAAUUUGGAUCUUGUCAUCUAGGCGAGAUCAUUUUAUGCGAAACAAACAACGUCGAGUUCUGUAACGGAGGUCGAAUAGCUGUGAAAACAUGUAAAGGUGAUAUGAUGAGAGAAAUCAGAUUACUCACCGCAUUACAAGACCAAAAUUUAGUGAGAGUAUUUGGCGUAUGUACGGCCGAACAGCCACCAUGGUUGAUAACCGAAUACCCCGCCGAAUACGGAGAUAUUUUGUUUUUGUUACAAAAUCGAACUAAUAUUAAGUAUAGCACAUUAAUAUUCAUGAGCACGCAGAUCGCAUCAGCGAUGAAAUAUUUAGAAUCAAAAAAUUUAGUCCAUAAAGACUUAGCAGCCAGAAAUUGCCUGGUUAGCAGAGGAUUCGUAGUAAAAGUAGCUGACGUAGCAAUUUGUAAUAACGCUUACCGAAGACAUUACGCCGAUAUGGGGAAUCGGCCCGCAGUUCCAGUGCGAUGGUUACCAUGGGAAUCGAUAUUAUUGGAACGAUAUCUGUGCAGUAGCACGGUGUGGUCAUUCGGAGUGACGUUGUGGGAGAUCUUAAAUUUGGCUCGUGAUGUACCGUAUCCUCAUUUAACCGAUGAACAAGUGAUACAAAACGCCGAAAAUUUAUAUUAUGGCGGUCAAUUACAGGUUGCAUUGUUACCAAAACCUUCGGUAUGCUCAUCAGAGAUAUACGAAUUAAUGUGCGAAUGCUGGGAACGCGAUUACAAUCAAAGGCCAACAUUCAAGAAACUGUAUUCGUUUUUAAAACGCAACAAUGUCGCCUACAGCUCCGACUUCGAUAAACAAUUAUACCCUCAACAUCCGCUCAAAGUUAAUUAAAUCUUUAAUCUCCAUUCCUAAUUUUUUUUUUUUUUUUUUGUUAAAUCUCGUAACAAAAUCGUAGGAAGGAACCCAAAUUCGUUAGUUUAAAAAGGGUAUAAGAUAAUUUUGUACAAUAUAUAAAACGUAACUCUUGUAUUUUUUUGCAAAAUUAUCAUCUCUCUCUUUCUCUCUCGUAUCUCGUGUAAUAAUGUACCUAUCUAACUAUGUAAGUGUUUGUAAAAUUGUAAUCUAUUUACCUACUCCUGUUUUUUCUUCGCCUAGAUUUUUUGUGAUAAUUUACCUACCUACCUAUCUACUUAAUUGAACACGAAUCUCUCACUUAAACCUACCAAUUCCGUUUUACGCAGUUACAUAUCCUGUCUAAUGUAUGUUAUUUUAUUGCAUACUAUAUCUAAAUGUUAUAUUUGUACGUAUUGAUGACCAGAGAAACAAACAUAUCAUUGCCAUAUCUUGAUGUAUGUGUAAUUUGAGAUACCCGUACACUCGACUCAGCAUAGGUCGAGAUAACAUGUAAGCUUUUCAAGUGGUACCAGAUCUGGAAACCUCUCGCUAUUCAGUUACCUACCUUCUCUAUUUAGCAUGAUUUUAUACAUAUAAAUACGUUGAAGCGCCGGCUUCGGAGCUUUUUAAUUGUGACAAUAUAACGUAUCCUUUUUCCUUUCCUUUCCUUUCCUUUUUUUUUUUUUUUUUUU